AGCUUGCGUAGCCGCCGGGACCCCUGCGCGCACCGCCUCUCGCCCCUAGCCACCGCGCGCCUCCGCGGACACGCACUUCCUGCGAGGCCUCCGUGCGCACCUUAGGCGAGCCGAACCGAGCUGAACCCUGCCCUGCACUUGCGAGCUGUUCGCCAUGGUGGACGAGCUGGUGCUGCUGCUGCAUGCGCUCCUGAUGCGGCACCGCGCCUUGAGCAUCGAGAACAGCCAGCUCAUGGAACAGCUGCGGCUGCUGGUGUGCGAGAGGGCCACCCUACUGCGCCAGGUACGUCCGCCGAGCUGUCCGGUGCCCUUCCCCGAAACGUUUGACGGCGAGAGCUCCCGGCUCCCCGAGUUUAUCGUGCAGACGGCGUCUUACAUGCUCGUCAACGAGAACCGAUUCUGCAACGACGCCAUGAAGGUGGCAUUCCUAAUCAGCCUGCUCACCGGGGAAGCCGAGGAGUGGGUGGUGCCCUACAUUGAGAUGGAUAGCCCCAUCCUAGGUGAUUACCGGGCCUUCCUCGAUGAGAUGAAACAGUGUUUUGGCUGGGAUGACGACGAAGAAGACGACGACGAAGAUGAAGAAGAUGAUUACUAGGCCCGGAGACCCUCGGGCCUAGGGGGGAGGGCCCUGCACGCCGCCACCUCCCCCCUCCCCGCCCUGCCCCGCCCGGAGCCGCCGCGCUCCCCUAGCGCUCCGAUCCCCUUCCCUACCCCUGCCUCUGGUUGUCUUCCUCGUCCCCGCCUCCUCCCCGUAGUGCUUGUCUUUGUUCCGGGGAUAGUGCUCCAGUUACCUGCUGCUGAGGCUGGGGCCUCUCUCUGAAGUGCGCUGCCUCCCACUCUGGCCAGCCCCAGGACCCUCUCCUGCUAACUUGAACUGUGUUCUGAGCCCCAACUCUAGGCCAGGCCCCUGUCACAAACUGGUCAGACUACGCACAGCUGUGCCGCACAGCCCUGCCAACUGUCAGGCCUACAUCUUGCCCAGAGACCUACGCUGCCACCUAAGCACCCUCCACCACAUUACAGCGACAGACCAGGCCUUUGGAGAUAAGGAGCAACCUAGAAGAUGCCUUAGUUGGCUGCGCCUCCUGGGACACUGAUUUGGACUGCUCACCAACCUCCCCCAAGGGGCUAAUCUUUCAAGCUGGUUAGUUCCCUACUAACGCCCAGGGUCUUCUCCUGCCCCGCCAGAUUGCUGCAGGAGCCUGUUGUUCCUGGCAGCCAAAUUGUUGACAUUUCUCCUAUGCACCAGUUUUGCACAACCGUCAUUUAUCUUUCAAAAUUGCAGCAAUCCCACAGAUGUGUGCAUUUGGACAAAAAUACUGAAAACAAAACAAUACAAACAAAAGCAGGCACUCAGCCCAGCUCCUCAGUACUACCUGGAAAAAGCAUUUGCAUUCUUUUCAAUAAAUAUCAAGCACUACGAAAAAA